AUGGAGAACCACGUAUCUGGGCAAUCAAACAAGCCCCUUUCUAAACCCGCCCAUGCUCUUGAGCGAGAUGUCAUCGUCGAGGAACUCCGCACUGCCUCAGUUGACGGAUUGUCACCAGCUGAAGCUCAAUCAAGACUGGGUGAAUAUGGUAGAAACGAAUUGGAUGACGGCCCCGGCGUGCAACCUCUGAAGAUCUUGCUUCGACAGGUGGCCAAUGCCAUGAUGCUGGUCUUGAUCAUGGCGAUGGCCGUCUCGUUUGGUAUCAAAUCAUGGAUUGAAGGAGGUGUGGUGGCCGGGGUCAUUUCCCUCAAUAUUGUCGUGGGAUUCUUCCAGGAAUUCAACGCCGAAAAGACCAUGGACUCUCUGCGCUCCCUUAGUUCUCCCACCGCCAAUGUCGUUCGGGGAGGCGAAACCAUUAACGUUCCAACCGCUGAAUUGGUCCCCGGGGAUAUUGUGGAACUAAAGCUUGGUGACACUGUUCCAGCAGAUUUAAGACUGCUGGAAUCACUUAAUUUCGAGACUGAUGAAGCUUUAUUGACUGGAGAAUCCCUCCCAAUUGCAAAAGACGAGGAAGCCGUUUUCGAUCCAGAAACGGGACCAGGAGAUAGACUCAAUGUGGCUUAUAGCUCAUCGACGGUCACAAAGGGACGGGCGCGUGGUAUUGUGUACGCAACUGGGAUGUAUACAGAAAUCGGAUCAAUUGCUGCGGCUCUCAGGAAAGGCACUUCUAAAGUUCGACCCGUCAAACGUCGUGCGGACGGCUCGGCACAUCCCCUCCGAUAUGCAGAGUCCUGGACAAUGACAUUCGCCGAUGCUGUUGGCCGAUUCCUUGGUGUCAAUGUUGGAACCCCGUUGCAAAAAAAGCUCUCCCGACUUGCAAUGCUUCUCUUCGGAAUUGCGGUGGUUUGCGCGAUCAUCGUCCUGGCGGCAAAUGAGUUCUCAAAUAACUCCGAGGUUAUCAUCUAUGCUGUGGCGACCGGUCUAUCUAUGAUUCCGGCUUCACUUAUCGUCGUGCUCACCAUUACGAUGGCCGUUGGUACGAAGAGGAUGGUGAAACGCCACGUUAUUGUUCGGAAAAUGGAUGCUCUUGAAGCGCUCGGUGGAGUUACAGACAUUUGCUCGGACAAGACUGGCACUUUGACUCAAGGAAAGAUGGUGGCUCGAAAGUGCUGGAUUCCAAGCCGAGGUGUAUAUUCAAUCGGCGUGUCGAACGAACCAUUCAAUCCCACUCUGGGGGACCUCACGCACUAUCCCGGAAAACCUGAAGAUGGGGAGAAGGCCGGCGAAGAGAGGAUUGCUGAAUACAGCGCCGUGACGAAAGACAAUCCGGAGCUGACAGCAUUCCUGAGCGUUGCUUCACUCGCCAACCUGGCUCACGUACAUUCCAACAAGGAAGGUGUCUGGCAUGCUCGAGGCGACCCGACAGAGAUUGCCCUCCAAGUGUUUGCUUCGCGAUUCGAUUUCAACCGCUCCAAAUUUCUUGACGGGGAGAAGCCUCGUUUCAAGCAAGUCAGCGAAUAUCCUUUUGACUCGGACGUGAAACGAAUGUCAGUCAUCUUUGAGGACACCGAAUCGAAAGAUCAAAUGGUCUACACCAAAGGUGCCGUCGAGCGCAUUCUGGACCAAUGCGUCACUCUCAGAUGGUCUGUGGAAGAUGAAGCCGAGGUCGAACUCGAUGACAACAAGAUGCAGAUCAUUCUCCGGAACAUGGAAGCUCUAGCAUCUCAAGGUCUUCGCGUUUUAGCCCUCGCUAGCCGUCCUUACGAUCCACGAAGCGGUCGAAGAGCAAGUCGAGAUGGACCACCUCCUCGGGAGGAAGUCGAGCGAAACCUUGUCUUCCGCGGUCUGAUUGGCUUGUAUGAUCCUCCUCGCCCUGAGUCUGCAAAUGCCGUCAAGAGGUGUCACCGGGCUGGGAUCAAAGUCCACAUGUUGACAGGAGACCAUGCUGGUACUGCUCGUGCCAUUGCCGUUCAAGUCGGCAUCUUGCCAGACAUGUCCAAAGUGAGCGCCCCAGUGGCCAAGAGCAUGGUAAUGACGGCCCAAGAAUUCGAUCGCCACACAGACGACGAAUUGGAUCAACUACCGGUGCUUCCUCUGGUGAUUGCCCGAUGCGCUCCCAAUACCAAGGUUCGAAUGAUUGAGGCUUUGCGUCGACGAAACGCCUUUAUGGCCAUGACUGGUGACGGAGUCAACGAUUCACCGUCCUUGAAGAUCGCCGAUGUCGGUAUCGCGAUGGGUAUGGCUGGAUCCGACGUAGCCAAAGACGCCUCAGAUAUCGUGCUGACCGACGACAACUUCGCCUCGAUCCUAAAUGCCAUUGAAGAAGGGCGCCGCAUGUUCGACAAUAUUCAAAAAUUUGUCUUGCACUUGCUCGCCGAAAACAUCGCCCAGGCGUGCACCUUGCUUAUAGGCCUGGCUUUCAAGGAUGCCUCUGGCUUGUCUGUGUUCCCGCUAGCCCCGGUGGAAAUCCUGUGGGUGAUUAUGAUCACGUCCGGUAUGCCGGAUAUGGGUUUGGGCAUGGAAGUUGCCAGCCCUGAUAUUCUGGAACGGCCACCACAGAAUCUCAAGCGCGGGGUAUUCACACUGGAAGUCAUGUUCGAUAUGCUAGCGUACGGUCUAUGGAUGAGCGCAUUAUGUCUAUCGUCGUUCCUCCUCGUCGUGUACGGUUUUGGCGAAGGGAAUCUCGGGUCCAACUGCAAUGACUCAUACUCGGAGCAAUGCGACACGGUUUUCCGGGCUCGUGCAACUACAUUCGUUAGUUUGACUUGGUUCGCCUUGUUCCUUGCAUGGGAAAUGGUUGAUAUGAGAAGAAGCUUUUUCCGGAUGCAGCCUGGAAGUAAGCGAUACUUCACACAAUGGAUAUUCGACGUGUGGCGCAACAAGUUCCUCUUCUGGGCUAUCAUCGCAGGCUUUGUCACGAUCUUCCCGACACUUUACAUUCCGGUCAUCAACCACGAUGUCUUCAAACAUACCGGAAUCUCCUGGGAAUGGGGUAUCGUCUUCGUUCAAGCGGCCUUGUUCUUCCUCGGUGCCGAGACCUGGAAAUGGGGUAAGCGAGUCUAUUUUAGACGCCGUGCGGCCAAGACAGGUAGCCGGCCCGAAGAUCUGGAGAAGCGAGCCUUUGGCAGCUUCAUGCAAGACAGUAGCAGUGAAGAAGAAGGAAUUGGGAAGAACUAG